AUGACGAGAUUGGACGAUCAGCAUUCCCACCACAGCCGUACGCAAACUCACACAUCCGUUGGUGAAGGCAAACAGAAGAAGCGAAAAGGGCGUCAAAAGAGCGUUGGAAGAAAGGAACGACGCAAGAGUUCUCGCUCCUCCAGUUUGAGUGGUCGUUCCAGGCAUUCACAGAAGAGCGAUGAUACUUCUCCUCGGCGUCUUCGCCGUUCCACAGACAGAGAACGACGUAGGAGAGAGCGACCAAUGAUGUCCUCCUCUCCUGGUGGCAAUAGACGACGAAAGAGGCUGUCAAAGAAUCAUUCCCUAAGUGAUCUGAGAGAUCUCCAACACAUUGACGGCUCUCUACAACGUUCUCUCGAUCAUGGCUAUCGUCGGAGCAACACCAGCCCUGACCUCAUACUACAAUGGACGAAUAGGAGGGUUGUGGGAGAACCACCACAGUCCCCGCAAAAUUUCGAUUGGGCAGACCAGGUUGGCACUAUCGGACCACCUGGAAGCAUUCUACCAAAAGCUCGCGAAGCAGCUUUUGACUUGGAUGGACCAACUACAGAUGGUGCACCCAAACCGGCGGUGAUAGCCGAGGAGGAGGAGAAACAACCAACAACAGAUAGCCAGCAACUACUACGGCUACACCACCAAAUGGGUCACAUCUCUUUUGCGAAACUGCAAAGCAUGGCAAAGCAAAAUAUCAUUCCACGAAGGUUGGCCAAUGCUGAUAUUCCAAGAUGCACUGCCUGUUGUUUUGCCAAAGCUACCAUGUACAAAAUGUAG